GAAUUCAAAACUGGCAUAACAUGUGCAUAUGCAGUUAUUUUUAUCAUCGCUUUCCUUGGAAAUUCAUUUGGGUUGUACGUUGUGCUAAAGAGGUCUUCUUCUACCUGCGUCACGAACUUGUUUAUCGCCAAUAUGGCCGUUGCAGAUCUGAUGUUGACGUGUACACUCAUGCCAGUUCAGGUGAAUUUCAUUCAUAAGCAUGUUUCUUGGAUUCCGGGAACACUGGGAAUCGUGACAUGCAAGCUGGUGUCCUACAUCAUCCCAGUUUCAAUAGCAGCAACUGUGUUCACGAUGAUGUUCAUUUCCUUCGAUCGAUUUUACGCCAUAUUCUAUCCACUGAGAGAGAAGAUCUUCUGCAAGCCAAAAAUAUUGUCCGCCACAAUUUGGAUUCUAUCUUUAGUGCUGAUGGUCCCAUAUCCUAUGUUGUACCAAAUAAAGUAUAAUCCUCAAGAGAACAAGCAUUUAUGUUUACAAGUGUGGCCAUGGCAAGACAAGAACGAUGUUUCAAAUGCUGAAACCUAUCGCGUACUUAGGAUCUUUCACAUCACGAUUUUCGUUGUGCUUUACGCAUGGCCCCUUACAGUAACCAUCGUCAUCUACUUCUUAAUUUGCCGUAAACUAUGGCUUCGAAAGAUCCCAGGAAAUGUGACAACUACCAAUCGCGCUGCAGCUGAAAAAUCCAAACGCAAAGUUGUUCGGUUAUUAGUCAUAAUCGUCUUGGUCUUUGCAAUCUGCUGGUUCCCAAAUUAUAUUGAUCAUUACAUUUGGUUCGUGCGACCUGACCUUGUGAACUCGAUACCGGUGGAAGCACAGCUAAUGUUUUUGUGGCUCGCGCACGCAAACAGUGCAAUAAAUCCAUCACUUUACAUUUUGCUGAACAGCAAAUUUCGCAAAGAACUUUUCAUCACGAUGACUUGCUGUCCUCGUUAUCGAGUCAGGAUGGCACGCUUUUUGUCGGCUUUGUCACAGAAUGAGGAGGAGAACAGUUUUACAACUGGAGGUACCAUGUGGAAAAUGAUGUCGUUUGGUCGAGUAACGGCAUACACGUUGCCGCGUAGUCCCUCAGAGAAGCGGGAAAGAGGGCACACUAACCUGUCUUUGUCAUGGAUGAGCAUCAAAGAAGGCCACUCGUACACAAAUAGUACACCACCUCAGAACCAGAAUCCUAACUCCUCACAGAACACUGGUAAAAGCGGAGAAGACAUGCUCCAAGUGUACCGUUUGUCUUAAAAGCUGGUUUAUAGAUGUUUUCCUUGGUUCACAAGCAAGGUGAUCAAAUCUCACAAUGAAACUAUAAGGUCUUUUUUUUCUUUUUAGCUCAUUCAUGCUGAAAGCAAUGAAUGACGUAUCGUGGUGGAGCAGAUAUUGACGGAAGUUGUCGAACGUGGACGGAAGUUGUAUUCCGUGGACGGAAGUUGCAUUGUGGACCGUGAACGGAAGUAAACUCGCAUGCUACCCCUCCCCAGUUAGUGAAAGUCAAGAUUAAUUUCGUUGAAGCUCAGAAACUCACGUUGAAAGAAAUAAAAUGUUUACAUGGUUUAAUAAAAUAAUAACCUCAAUUCACAUUUUCGAACUUCUGAAAAUGCAACUUGAAUCAAGAAGCCGAAAUGUUCACACCUAGGAGACCCGCGAAAGAGCAUCAAAAGUCGCCAUAUUGGUAAGCCACGCAUUUGCGUUCGUCUUCAGUCUGUAUAAAGUAAUCAUAGCUCUAUCAUUGUACUUUUCCUCGUGAGCUCCUCAACAUACAGUCCACACAUCAGUCAUAGCGGCCAAGAUAGUCUCACUAGAAUUUUUUUUCGAGCUCCAAUAUUUCGGUCCGGACUUGAGGCUCGCUCGAACAAAAACAGCAAUACCAAUCCGGUCAUUAAAAAAUGCAGACUGCUGACUGCAGACCGGGUACAAAAUGCAGACUGAGAAUUUAUACUGUUUUUUCGUCUGAUACGUGAUAACAUGUCAUCUUGCAACUUACUGAGCGUCACGCAAUUGCUUUUCCGCGAUUGUCUUUCAUGAUUAUUUGCACUAUUGUGGAAAAUUCCUUGCCCGUUUCUUGAUCACAGUCGUUCUUAAUAUAAUUUCAAGCCUUCAUACAGUCUUCUCACUUUGCGCGCGAGUUGGUUGGUGAGAUGUCGGUACAGAAUUUACUAACUCAUUAAAAGUAGAUGUAGAUGGAGAUGUAAAGGAGAUGUCACUAUUGAAUAUUUAAUACGCGAAAUUUUCGAGAAACAAUUGACAGCUUUGCACGUGGUUCAUACGUUUCAUCGUUUUGACCGAUAUGUGUUCAUUUUGUUGACAAAAAUGCGGAUCGAGACCAACUGAUUUUUCCAUAUCAUGUGCCUUAUAUUGUUAUUGGCUUAGUACAUGAGGAACCAGCGAAUUUUUGAAGGAAAAGCGAAAAGUUGCUUUCGUGACUGGCCAUUUGCUUACUUUUCUGGUGGUUUUAUCUCUCAUCUCUUUCGUUACUACGCAAAAAUACACACCAACAAAAAGGACACUGUCUGCCUAAUGACCUCUGUUCAUCCUACCUUCAGCCCACACAACCUUUUUUCCAAUUCUCAUCACGACGAACGCACAAGUUUCCUUAUCUCACAACUGCCCAAAAAUAGGAGAGAAUUUAUUCUUAAAGUCUUGAAAGUUCACAUAAACCGAAUUCAACUGUACCUAUAUUCAACAAAUCCAAGAAAUCGAUACAAACCUAAGCCAAAACAUGAAUGAGCUGGCUCUAAGAGCGCUGGCUUUGAUUUCCUCGUGCAUUCGACACCAAAAUGUUAAUUAAACAAGAGUAAGCGUCAGCUCACCACUGCUCAGGAAAGUAGUGAGUUCGAAUUCCACGACUGAAACAGCUUUGCUGGGAAAUUUGACCAGACAUAACUAAACUUGUAUUUGUACUGUUUCCUGAACAUAUUUCAUGUCAAUCAUUUUUUUUUAUAAUGCAAAACGGAAGGAUGGUUCAAUCACUGACGUCAUAGCACUGACGUCAACGGUAGAAAAUUAAGCUUACGAGUUUGCUACCCGAUAUUGAACAUGAAGUAGAAUUCAAAUCUUCGCUCAAAUUUUUUUACAACGAAUAAAUUGUUUUGGAGAAUUCAGAUAUUAAAUGAAUGAAAUUAUAUCAAAAAAGUAAGUUUCUAAAUUUCAGAUCAUGAAUUACUUUUUAUAAAAGAUUAUUACCUCAAGGACGGUUUUUCUUUUUUUCGGCGUGAUAAUUUCGAAACCAGUUUUUUGCAGGCAACCAAAGUGAUUUGAGAGAAGAUACACAUGUAGUGGACUGAAUUAUUAAGUUAUCCAAAUCGAGAUCUAUUGAGAUCAUGACCGAAAUCUUUGCUUUAAAAUGGCGCCUAGCCAGUAAAACACAAUACAUUUUAUGAAAAAUGGCAACGAAGCAAGGGAUGUACUCAGCGACUCACUUAAGCGUCAUCGUACCCGUGGGUAGAGAUCCGGACCGUACUAAGAGCUAGUCAGAUUUCAAGAUUCGCUGCUACACCCUUUUGGAAAUAAAAUAUAUGUUACUAAUUUCCCAAAAAUUCCUUCUGAGCAUCUUCUAUAUUUCAUCGUAUAUCCAUAAUGACGUGACAAAUUGUCAGCGCUCCCUCAAGUGGCGAUCUCUGUAAGAGCGGUCUAGGCCGCAUCGGAAUAAAUUUUUGCCACAAACUUUGACCAUUAACUAUCUUUGGUAGAAAGUAAAUAGAAUCACAUUGGUUUCCGGAAAUACGUUUAAAAUAAUUAUGAGGGCUCUCAAUAAUCAAAGCUGCAAAGGGCCCUUUUUCGACCUUGCGACAUCGAAAAUUCAAGUUAACAAGCUCGCUUCUUGUAACAUACUGCAUGCGGCAAGAAAUCGUUUGCAUUCCUACAUUUUUUAAUAUCUAAGGGGUUUGGAAAGCAUUUCAAUUUUGACGUUUGCUUAUUUAGAGGUUCGCCAUAAUUUAUCUAAAAACACCCGUCAGACAGCUUCUAAAAUUGGUCAAAAGUACUCUUUCUUUCUUGGAUGUUAUUUCUCAAGUCCAGACCAGGCCACUAAAGACUCCGGUUCGUUUCUUCAAAUACGAUGUUCGAUAGCAUAGAAACAUAAAAACAUCUUGCACUAUUUAAUUUCCUUUGCCGUGGUGACUUUAAACUUUAGGCGACUUUCCUAGCGUGACUGAAGAAUUAUGCAAAUUAUCUGUUGAGCAAACUCUGACAGUUCUAUAUUAAUAGCUCCAUGAAUCUUAGAUUUAAACCGUUUAAAAAAAAUAGAUAGUGGGAAAGAGCUUUUAGAACACACUGAUUGCAACUCUAAACAUUUUAAACGGCUAAAAUCCGGCAAAUGUUCACGAAAAAGGUGAACAAAACGUAUCGAAUAUCGUAUUGAUUAGCGUUCGGUCAACCUUUUAAUAAGCAACUCUUUCUUUAGAAAAAAAUGGUGUGUGUUAUUUUAUGUUUGAGUUUAGCGAGCUUAAGUUAUUCAAACUUGUAUGAACAUUUCAGGACCAAACUAAAGGAUUUUAUUUAGCGUAACCGGCGAUAACAGCACAAGACUACGAGCAGUCCCUCCUUUUCGGCGACGGUCGUGGCGCAGGUCGAAAAAAAUCAGUGAGGACAAACAAAUUUUAGUGCCUCACUCCAAGAGCUCCCGGCGGCGCGCUGACAUCUUUUUUUUCUCUAUUUUCAGCUCUGGUUAUUUACUGACUCGCGCGAUGGACUUCACGCCAAAGAAGGGACUGCACGUCGUCUAUAACAGCACAUACCAAAAUUCACCGUGAUCAUGCAAUGGCUCAGUCGCGUAAUUCUAAAUAUUUAAUCUAUUUAUUCUAAAUAAGGCAGCGAUAACGUGAGUUUUUUGGCUCGGAAGUCUAGCCUAGAUUUUCCAGGCUAUCAGCCGUGUUUGCACUUGAUGAGAGCAGAGAAAUACAGGAUUUCAGAUCAGCGAGAGGAAAAUUACUGUCCAAGAUCCACAAUUUAAGAAUGCAAACGAUUUCUUGCUGCAUGCAGUGUGUGUUACAUGGAGCGAGCUCGUCAACUUUUGAAAUUUCGAUGCUGCAAGAGGUCAUAAAGGGGCCUUUUGCAGCUUUGAUUAUUGAGAGCUUUCAAAAAAAUUUUUAAUGUAUUUCUAGAGACUAAUGUGGUACUACUUACUUACUACCAAAGAUAGUUUAAUGGGCAAAGUUUGAGGCAAAACUUUAUUUCGAUGAGAAAUGCCCCUGGCCGCUGUUUCAGAGAUCGUCACUCAAUGAGCAAGUUAACGUAUGAGCUAAUGAUCAUGGAUUCAGUUGAACACAACUUUGUGUUCCAUGUGACGAACAGGCAUAAAUUUCAUUUUUCAGGUAUUGAUUUGAUCAAUAUGUAAGAAAUACAAUUAAGGAAAAAAGACAAGAUCUAAUCUCAGUGAAAUGUGACACAGUGGGCGUAGUCAAAAGCAAAGUUGUUAACACUGUCGCAUAAGCUAUUAUUAUUGGGUCAUCAAUAUUUGAAUUAUAUCGUCCAUCAUGAUGUGAAAAGAAUGGAACGCACUUCCUAAAUGAAACUUUCCUGUCUGAGUCAAUGAUCUCAAACACCUAUAUAAUAACUGGUUUCCUGCAUACGGCGUUAUUGCAAAAAAAAGGGGCGGUACAAAUCAAUUUUUAAAGUGUUCCUUUCAUCAGUAUGUAAAAAAAAUCAAGUAGAGGAAAAAGAUUAGAUCUAAUUUUAGUAAAAUACGACACAUAAUGAACGUAGUGGGAGUAAAAUUUACUUACACCGUCGUAUAAACUACGAUCAUUGUGUCGCUAAUAUUUGAAUGAUAUCGUCCAUCCUGACGUAAGAUGAAUUGACAGCACUUCCUGAUAAACAGUUCCUGUCUGAUUUAAUGAUCUCGAACACCAAUAUAAAGACUGGCUUUCUGUAUACGGAUUCACUGCUGUGAAAAAGGGCGUUCGUCAAGAGUUAAAGUGAGGUAGAAGGAAAAGUUACAUCUGUAAUAUUCACUUCUUCUUCAGUGGUAUGUAAAAGGUCAAUAAUUUGAUCAAACUAGAUCUACCUUCAAACUUCUGCUUUUGCAUCCUCUAUACUAAAUUGAUAUUGUUUAUUGUGACGUAAUACUAAGAACUUAUAAGUUCCCAAUAAGAAAUUUAUGGACCUCAAUUGAACAAGCAUUUAUGUUCACAAGUGUGGCCAUGGCAAGACAAAAACGACGUUACAAAUGCUGAAACCUAUCGCGCACUUAGGAUCUUUCCCAUCACGAUUUUCGUUGUGCUGUACGCCUGGCCUCUUUCGAUAACCAUUGUAAUCUACAUCCUAAUUUGUCGUAAAUUGUGGCUCCGAAAGAUCCUGAGAAAUGUGACAACUACAAAUCGCGCUGCGGCUAAAACAUUCAAACUCAAAGUUGUGCGGUUAUUAGUUGUAAUCGCCAUGGUCUUUGCAAUCUGCUGGUUCCCAAGUUAUGUGGACAUUACAUUUGGUUCGUGCGACCUGAAGUUUGCAAUUUGUUGCCGGGUGAGGUAUAGCUAUGCUUCUUGUGGCUCGCCCACGCAAACAGGGCAAUAAAUUCAUGUCUCUAUCUAUAUCCUGUUAAAAAGUAAUUUUCGUAAAGAAGUCUUCAUUACAAUAACUUGCCGUCUUCGUUAACGAACCAAGUUCUUAAUUUUUUUAUCAGUUUUGAGGGAAAUGAUUGCAUGAAGAAGUGUGAUUCAGGGGGGGGGGGGUAUUGUAAGAGGAAAUUAGAUGCCACUCACCCUUAGAGGUCAAAGGGUUAAGAGAGUGUCUCUGUAAGAGUGGUCCGGUCGAUUUUGCUUGAGACACGGAUUUCGCUCGUUUCUUGUGUGUUGUAAGACAUUCAUGUACCUAUACUAAAACAAUUCAAUCACCGUGCUUGUCGAUCGGAAAAUCAAAAUACCAGCGUGAUAUUGCCGCGAAGAUGAAGCAGUUGUGUUAUUUGAUUCGUACUUCACAUUCGAGUCGAAGCUUGGGUGGCACAGGUUAUUUCUUACGGUGGAAUCGACGAGGGGAAUUCGAACACUAGUCGUAGUGUUUGAAUUGUUGGAAGAAAUGGUCGCAUGGGGAUGGUAAGUUUAACGAACAAUUUCAAAUUUUGCCGCUUGAAUUGAAAGUCCCUCAAAAUGGCGGCCAAACUAGGAAAUUACCGAAAAUUAGGUAAGUUCACAGAGUUAUAAAGUCCUCGUUACGGUCGGGCCGCAAAGUUUUUUUCCGUAGUUACCUUUUCUAUGACAACUACUUCCUAGCUAUGUUAGUUGGAUCAGUUUAGAACGCCUCACUUUUUCAAAAAUUCUUCUUGAAUUUGAUCGGUUUUGGCGUGUGUGAUUUAGGCGAACCGAUAAGGUGUGAUUCAAGUCUUCCAGUUUCCUUGAUUGAAACGUGAUGUCUGCGAAAGUCGCCUCGAUAGAUAAGAUAAAGUUAAUAUACAUGGCUGUGGUAUUUGUUUUUUUCUGAGUUCCAUAGUUUUUUGUAAAUUGUCCUCCAAAGUUGUAUGAUAUUAAAGUCUUGAAAAGUGUCACGACAAGCCUUCGCCCGAGUGAAAUUUAAUUUCCGUAAAACUCCGAAAAGUAAAGAGAUCCGAUCAAACUGAUUAUUGUUUUAGAAUAGGUACAUGAAUGUCUUACAACACGCAAGAAACGAGCGAAAUCCGUGUCUCAAGCAAAGUCGACCGGGCCGCUCUUACAGAGACACUCUCUUAACACUGUGGCACAAACAACCGUUAUUGCAUCCUCAAUAUCGUCCAUCGUGACGUGAGAUGAAUGGACAACUCUUCCUUGAUUAAACAAUUCAUGUUUCUCCUUUCUGUUCUCUAGAAAUGUCCCUAGGUUCUGACGAGGAAAAUUCGUUUAACAAUCGGGAGGUUCUUUAGUUGGUGAUUAUUUUCUUUCAGUCUUGUGACCUUUGAUUCAGGGGUGAUAUUGUGAGGAGAAAAUAGAUGCUCUUUACUCGUGCCUGUCAAAGGGGUGUUUUAAUAUACAAGAACAAGAGAAUGUAAACAGUUAAAUUAUCUUGGAAAGGAGUAAAAAGAGAAAAUACUUUGAUUAAUUUCGGUAAAAUGUGACACAUGAUGUGCGUGGUUAAGAACACGUGCCACCUUAACUAGAACGCUUAUUUCUGAGCUAAUCCUGAGAUCUCGAAUACCUCUUUACAGACUAGCUUUAAAAUAGUUUUCGAUCUGAAUUGAAGUGAUGGACCAGCACAAUUCAAUUUAUAUCAUUAUUUAAUAUGUAAGACGUCAAUUAGAUAGAUAGAUAAGAACUAACGUCAAUGAAAUGUGACACAAUUUUGGUAAAGAAAGGCAAAUACAUUAACACUGUCGUUCAAACCACCGUUUUUGCAUUCUCAAUAUUUGAAUAGUGUCAUGGGUUGUGGCAUAGGAUGAAUGGAUUAUCCAAUCUUAUGAAAAAUGGAAAUUGAAGUGAAAGCCUCAUUUCAAGCACAGUGCUGUCAUUAAAGCAAAAUAAGCUCUUUGAAAAUAGUUAUAAUAUUGCCAGAAUGCAUCGUGUCGAAUAAUUUGCGUAAAGAAAGGCAAACACAUCAACACUGUCGCACAAACUACCGUUUUUGCAUCGUCAAUAUUUGAAGUGUCAUCCGUUGUGGCAUAGGACGAAUGGAUAGCGCCUUUUUAAUAAAAAGUUCCUGUUUGAGAGAAUGAUCUCGAACACCUGUUUAAAACUGGCUUUCUGUCAGUCGAAUUCAUAGCUGUGAAAGAAGGUGUUCGAUCUUAACUGAAGUGAGGGAGCAGUAAAAGUCAUACUUGUGGUAUUCAUCUCUUUAUGGUAUAUAAAACGGCUACAAUUUGAUCAAACCAGAUCUACUUUCAGUGUAAUGUGGCUCACAAUGUGCCAGGCUAGAGGCAUAGUUUUUAACACUGUGGCGCACGGCGGCGUGAUAUAAAUGGACAGCUUCUUUCUAAUAGAACAUUUCAUAUUUGCAUGGGCUAAUGAUCGGGUGCAGCUUUCUACGAACAGGUUUUCCAUAUACGAAUUCAUUUUUGCAAAAAGGUGUUUGAUCUAGAUUGAAGUGAGAGAGAAGCAAAGGACAUAUUUCAGAUAUUCAUUUCUUCAUGAUGGGUUAAAAGUUGGAAACAUGGAAAAACUAAGAUUCAUAUUCAGACAAAUGUAACUCAUGAUCUACCGCGUAAAAGACAAGUUAUUCAAUAAAUUUGUAAUUAAUAGUUUACUGGCAAAUACUGCCCUACAGACUGAGAGGCAGAAAAUGAAAAUUCUCAAAAGCAAUAACUGGUUUUUCCAUGCCGUUUUCUAAUGAACAAAGAUUCUUAUGCGUCGCAACCAAUAUGCAAGUGUUAGUCAUUUAGACUCUGUCCGCCGGGAUUACAACAAUUAAAACACUAUUCAUAUUUUCAUAUUCAGUAAAUUGUGAAGGACACAUCCCUUGAAGCGCUCACAGGUACACGGACACUGGAAAUCUACAGAGAAAUUAUUUGAAUUUUCAUUGGAACAAGAUUUGCUGAGAAGGUAAGAAAAAGGAAGCUUUCAUGUAAUCGAAAGAAAGAAAGAGGUACAGCACUUGGCAAAGUUUAUAUCAAAUUUUAUGAAAAAUGGAAAGUGAGGUGAAAGCCUUAUUUCCAGCAAAGUACUGUCUUUAAAGCAAAAUAAGCUAUUUGAAAAUAGUUAUUGUAUUUACAGGUUGCAUCGUGUCGUUUACAACAAAUAUGUGUCGUAAACAAGUUCUCCCAAGGCGGCAACUUUGCAGACACAAAUAGAUGAUUUUUGUUUCCCCUGCAUCAAAAAACAUCAUAUCAGGAAACAACACUGAAAGACCUGAACUAGCUAAGAUCUGCACCGUUAUCCCUUGCCUCACUUACACCAACUUUUGAGAGCGGGUUUUUAAUCUGAACUCACUCUCACAGAAUACUUAUUUGUACUAUUACAUCUUGCUAGUUAUAGCUUCCACAGCCUUCCAGUUGUGUCACUUCUGUUAUGGUUUAUGUUGCUCUUUUAUCCAUUAGCUUAUUAGCGCAGAAACUUCGCCAUCAAAAUGAACAACAGCUCCAGUGCAUCAAUACCAAAUGGUAAGGAUGGUAUCCGGGACAUUGUGAUUAUGUUCUUCAAUGUCGUUGGUUUAGCUUCUGUAGCUUUUAUGGCCAAACUUGUCAGCAACUAAAACACACGCACUCAAAGCACCCGUUAAACAUCGUCGCUUUAAGUGCUACGUAUGUUGGAUUUUCAUAUUCAUCAAUGGCGGGAAGAAAAUUUUCCAAGAUAAUUUCGCCAGCCGGGGUCAAUUAUCAUUCAGACAGUCCAUGCAGAUAGUCCACCAUAGUCGCAGUCGAUCACUAAAAACUGAAUAUAAAGUAGAGAGGUGAUUUAAGGGUGGGGUUUCUUAAACAGUGGAAUCCUUUGCUAGGCUAAUCCUGCACUACUACAUCCGCCGAAACCCUUUACCAAAGAAUUUCCAAUGAUUAAAAAAUUGGGUCGUAAACGUCCGAAAACAGCAUUCUGCUUUCUCUUCCCGUUUGUAGUGGUAACUCGUAUUAAGGCAAUUUUUGAUUCCCCUUACAGCAUCAACCACCCCUCCUACUGUUCCAGAAGGCAUCUCUCAGGAAUUCAAAUUUGGUAUAACAUGUGCAUAUGCAGUUAUUUUUACCAUCGCUUUCCUUGGAAAUUCAAUUGGGUUGUACGUUGUGUUAAAGAGGUCUUCUUCUACCUGCGUCACGAACUUGUUUAUCGCUAACAUGGCCGUUGCAGAUCUGAUGUUGACGUUUAUAAUGAUGCCAGUUCAGGUGUAUUACAUUCAUGGGGAUGUUUCUUGGAUUCCGGGAACACUGGGAAAUCUGACAUGCAAGCUGGUGUUCUACAUUAUCCCAGUUUCAAUAGCGGCAACUGUGUUCACGAUGAUGUUUAUUUCCUUCGAUCGAUUUUACGCCAUAUUCUAUCCACUGAGAGAGAAGAUCUUUCGCAAGCCAAAAAUAUUGUCCGCCACAAUUUGGAUUCUAUCUUUAGUGAUGAUGGUCCCAUAUCCUAUGUUGUACCGAACAGAGUAUGAUCCUCAAGUGGACAAGCAUUUUUGUUUACAAGAGUGGCCAUGGCAAGACAAAAACGAUGUUUCAAAUGCUGAAACCUAUCGCGUACUUAGGAUCUUCCACAUCACGAUUUUCGUUGUGCUGUACGCAUGUCCCCUUACAAUAACCGCCGUCAUCUACUUCUUAAUUUGCCGUAAACUAUGGCUUCGAAAGAUCCCGGGAAAUGUGACAACUACCAAUCGCGCUGCGGCUGAAAAAUCCAAACGCAAAGUUGUGCGGUUAUUAGUUGUAAUCGUCUUUGUCUUUGCAAUCUGCUGGUUCCCAAGUUAUGUUGUUCAUUACAUUUGGUUCGUGCGACCUGAACUUAGCAAUUCGUUGCCUUUUGAAGUACAGUUUUGUUUCUUGUGGCUCGCCCAUGCAAAUAGCGCAAUAAAUCCAUGUCUAUACAUCCUGUUAAAUAGCAAGUUUCGUAAAGAACUCUACGCUACAAUAACUUGCCGUCCUUGUUAA